AUGUUGGCCUUGCAGCGAAACGCAAACUUUACAGACAAAUGUGUUGUCAACAUCCUCCCCUGCCGUAUCCACCACAAUGGUCCGACCAAAGUGACAAAGAGAUACUGGUCGCUAGAAGCUGAGAAAGAUGGUACGGCAACUUCAUACUUUCGGGGCCGCAAGUUACGAGGCAAACGCAUAAAUAUACCCUCUGGAUACCAAGGGGUCGUCGCAAAGGACACCGAUCGGUAUCUCCCGCAGCCUUCCAAAACGCAGACUGGACCCACGUAUACCGUGGUGGAUGAAGAUAUUGAAAUUGCCGAAGAAGACGACGACGACGACCCUCCCGAGCCAGUCAAGGUCUUCGAGGAGUUAUCCACCUUUGAAGAGGUCAUUGUUUGGGGCCAUGAUGCCGUGCCAACAAAUGAAGAUACCUUUGUGAAGGGAAUCGAAGAAUGGAUCGCUUUUGCCGAGGCGAUCCAUGGUCCUUCCACGAAAAACUCCCUGCAGAACAACAGACAGCUGGUCGCCCAGGAAGAUAACCAGGACAUAAGUACGACCACACAAGUCUCGACUCCCUAG